AUGAAGGUAGACGUGACUAUAAUUAUGUUCUUAGAAAUACACGAAGUAGAAGUACAACUACAAGGCUCUUUAUUUUGCACCCCAUUUUUGUCGACAUCUUUUUUUCCCAAAAGUGGACGCUUUCGGAGUGCCUCGGCUGAGGGUCUCCAAAAGGCUGGGGCCCCUCCAGAGGUGUUCGCAGGGUCUUCGCCUCGGGACUGCUGUCGGGGGCGCUCCCUGCCUCGGGUCCCCAAUCCGGCAGCUUGGAUGGCUAGACAGGCCAUUCGCCAGCAGCCCCAUUGUCAGGUAGCCAAAACAAAAAAACCGAAUAAGGCUGCGCAACGAGGAAACUCCUGGUCUAGAAGGUAG